GCCAAGAGUAGUUCGGGAAAAGAAAGGAAAACGAGAGAGAAGAAGAAGAAGAAGAAGAAGAAAAAGAAGAGGGGAAGAAAGGAAAGAGGGGUUUAGUGUGUGCUCACCAUGGAUGUCUCGCCAAACUGACUUGACUCUGUAAUGCAAUGUCUGGUCCAUGCACAUACGAACCGUGAAAAGCAUGUCAAACUCGGUGUUCCAAAUUCUUUUGCUUCUGGUUUCCCUCACAGUACAAGCAUCAGGAGCCGUACCGCGACUUGCAAGGCCUAACUGUGCUGAAAUGUGCGGGAACAUCACCAUUCCCUUCCCCUUCGGAAUAGGAAGAGAAUGUUUCUUGGAUGACUGGUACGAGAUUGUCUGCCAGCAAAACAAGACGAUUCCCAUACUAAAGAAGAUUGGAUUGAGAGUUCUCGAUAUUUUACUCCCCACUUUUGAUUGGCAAGGGUAUGGCGUGGUAAAGGUCAGUCUUCCAGUAAUUUACUCAAAUGCAAGCUGCCAGGGCAAUGGACAUGGUGAGCCGGUGAGCUUAGAAGGAAGUAAAUUUGUCUUCUCCCAGAGUUGGAACUUCUUUACAUUGGUCGGUUGUGACGCCGAGGCAACAGUGAUUAGUGAAGAAUCAACUGGUAUAGUCUUUACAUCGACUGGUUGCAGGUCGAAAUGUGAUGGAACCAAUACCAACAUUAGCUGGUCUAGUGCUUGCUCCGGGAGAGACGGAUGCUGCCAGACUACGAUCCCCUUAAAUCUUCAGGCCUUUAGUGUGGAUAUCAAAGGAGAAGGUAAACAACAGGGGUGCAAGUACGCUUUCCUGGCAGACACAUCAUGGUUUUCAAAGUCGGACGUUACAGGUUUAUAUGAUUUGAGAGUGAAUGAUACGGUUCCAGUGGUGUUACAAUGGGGGAUCCAAAACGAUACAGACUAUUCACUUGCGCUUCAAAAUCAAUCGAUGAGUUCUGAUGCUGUCUCGUGUUACAUCAGUAGCUUGCCAUAUGUGGAGUGCUGGUGCCUAAGCGGCUAUCAUGGUAACCCUUAUUUUAUUGGAGGAUGCCAAGAUAUUGAUGAAUGUGAAGAUUCAAAUAUAUGCCACAGGAGGGGCCGGACCUGUGUGAACAAGGAGGGCAGCUAUGACUGUGUUGAUGGUAGAAAGAAAGCUCUUAUUGGCCUCGGAGCGGGCGUUGGAGGAUUAGUGCAAGUGUUGCUUCUCUCUCGGUGGUUAUACAGAGUCGUCAAGAAAAGAAGAGAAAUUAAGCAAAAAGAGAAGUACUUUAAAACGCAGUGGGGUCUCUUGUUGCAACGACAUCUAUCUUCAUCACCUGAAGGCAAUGUUGCAAAAAGCAAAUUAUUCCAUUUCAAGGAUUUAGAGAAGGCCACUGACCGUUUCAACAAGAAUAGGAUACUUGGUCAAGGUGGACAAGGUGUUGUUUACAAGGGAAUGCUAACUUGUGGAAAAAUAGUUGCGGUUAAGAAAUCAAAACUGAUAGAUAAAGAAAAGGUUGAAGAGUUUAUCAAUGAGUUCAUCAUUCUCUCACAAAUCAAUCACAGGAAUGUGGUUAAGCUAAUGGGGUGCUGCUUGGAAACAGAUAUCCCGCUUUUAGUAUAUGAGUUCAUACCAAACGGGACUCUUUACAAGUAUCUACAUGACCCGAAUGAAGAUCUUCUUGCAUCAUGGGACACACGCCUUCGAAUUGCAACUGAAAUCGCUGGAGCCUUAUUCUACUUGCAUUCAGCAGCUUCUAUACCUAUUUAUCAUCGCGACAUCAAGUCCACUAAUAUCCUCUUGGAUGAGAAACAUCAUGCUAAAGUUGCAGAUUUCGGUACUUCCAAGUCUGUAUCCCUUGACCAAACUCAUGUAACCACAUUGGUGCGAGGAACUUUUGGAUACUUGGAUCCAGAGUACUUCAGAACAGGCCAUUUCACGGACAAAAGUGAUGUGUACAGCUUCGGAGUGGUCCUUGUUGAACUCUUAACAGGGCAAACGCCAAUGUCUUUGUUUAGGGAAGAAGAAGAAGAAAGGAGCCUUGCAACCUACUUUGUAAUUUCAAUUGAGCAGAAUUGUUUGUUUGAUAUUGCUGAUGCUCGGGUUAUGGAGGAAGGCAAAAAAGAAGAGAUUGUAGCUGUUGCUAACCUUGCAAGAAGGUGCUUGAGCUCAAUUGGGAGGAACCGACCGACAAUGAGAGAAGUGGCAAUGGAGUUGGAGGGAGUAAGGAGGCUCACAAGCUCUUCGAGUUUCCAGCAAAUUGAAGAAACGAUUGAGGCCGCUAAAUCUCGCGACUCUAGUUUCAUGUCCGGCAAGUCUUUCGUGGACAUAGGUGUAACAACAUUUUCAGAUGUGCAGCCAUUCGCCUGUGAAUCAUGGUGAAGGCACAAUUUUUGGCAUCAUCUCCGCAACAUACAUGCAGAGGCCAACGACUCGAAUACGUAAGCUGCACCAAAAUUGAUCUGUCCCCAUCCAUCUUUAGCCUUAAUAAAUAGGGGAAACUUGCCCUUGGACUAGUCAAUUAUACCCGCUUUGUUUAGUCGUUUCCUUGUCGCAGUUGUGGGGAUCAAAAGAGUGCUUGUUUUAGUUGUUUCCUUUUCAAAUUUUCUCUGGCUCAGUGUCGGCGUUUGACUUAA